AUGUACUGUAGUAAUGGCAUUUUAUCUUUGUGUGGGUUUCUGGAGGCCCCGGGGGCACGUUCGGAUGACAUUCCCUUAUCGUCUGCGCCGUUGAAUUUGUUUCGAAUGCAUCCAUCUAUCCCCGAAUAUGAUAGUGUCCUUCACAGGAGCUUCGAAACCGGUGAAGCAUGUUUAUCUGAGGACUACGGUGUCGUCACCUAUGACCUCAAUCUGCGCUCACGUGCACCCGAAUCGCGGAUCAAGGACCCUGCAGUUAUUCAUGAUGUCUCUAUCCAUCUUAACGAACUGCACCGUCGCGUUAAAGAUCGGUUUUCCCUCAUGCACGUGAACGUAUGUUCUAGCGGGUCCUCGGAUGACAUUGAAAAUUACAAAAACGCCUACGAAAAAUUAUUAUCUUUUCCAAACUCAGUUCUUCAAGAACUCGGGCUUCACAGCUGUGAUAAAUCCACAUUUUCGCUCGCUAAUCUGGAAACGGAGACAAGGUUAUUGAUGGAAAAGCGACUCAAACAUCAAGAACCUAUGCGAAAAUAUGCCGUUUUGGAAGAUACCUCCCAACAACUCCCAAGCUUUUCCAAACUGGUUAAGGAUCCAGCCUAUACUUGGCCAUUCGAGCUGGACACGUUUCAGAAACAGGCGAUUCUUUGUCUAGAGCGGAACCAAUCCGUGUUUGUGGCUGCACACACGUCAGCUGGUAAGACAGUGGUGGCGGAGUAUGCUUGUGCAAUGUGCCGUCGUCGUGGUUCUCGUGUGAUCUAUACCAGUCCAAUCAAAGCUCUGUCAAACCAGAAAUUUCAUGAUUUUAGGCGUACCUUUGGGGAGAAUGUUGGCCUUCUGACUGGUGAUAUCAAAGUGGCUACAGAAUCUACCUUCCUGGUAAUGACAACAGAGAUUCUCUACAAUAUGUUGUGCAACGCAGCGGAUGCAAUUCGUGAUCUGGAGGUUGUGAUUAUGGAUGAGGUUCACUACCUUAAUGACGCAGAACGCGGCCAUGUUUGGGAGCAAAUAAUGAUAAUGCUACCUAAGCAUGUGCUGUUAGUAAUGCUGAGUGCGACUGUUCCGAAUACCAUGGAGUUUGCUGAUUGGCUCGGACGGAUUCGUGGAAGUGAAAUCCAUGUAGUUGCGACCAAUCGUCGGCCGGUCCCGUUGGAACAUUAUCUAUUCACCGGGUUGGAUGGACAAAGCCCCGAGAAGCAGCUGCAUUUAGUGGUUGACAAACAUAGUCAGUUCAACCUCCCCGGUUACAAGCAAGCCAUAGUCGCCUUCAACGCACCAAAACUUAAGAAAGCGAACAGUGAGAAAUCAGGUGGGGACACCAGUCGAGCUGAAGAACUGGCAGCACGUCGAGGUGGCGCUGUCGUUCCUGGUGGAGGUGGUCGGGGUGGAAAGGGUGGUGCGGGAGCAUCUAAACAACAUUACACAGGUGGCAAGGCCAACACGCCCGGACGCUGGAAUUACACACCUUCUCCCGGAGGUUUAGCUGUCCAUGAGAAACGGAUAAAAAACAUGUGGCUUGGUGUUGUACGUCUCUUACAAGAACGUGAACUCAUGCCAGCCAUCGCCUUUGGAUUCUCUCGAAACUCUUUGGAAACUUUAGCAGAGAACUUGUCCUCUGUCGAUUUACUGAGCAAGGCCCCUAGCAUGCUGCUCCUUGUCACUUCAGACGAGAAAAAUGAAGUUCAACAAUUCUUGCGUUAUUCGAUCAAAAACCGUCUCAAGGGACCCGAUAAACGCCUGCCGUCGGUGCUGUUCAUCAGUGACUUGGCUUGCCGUGGACUGGCUGUCCAUCAUGCCGGAAUGUUGCCACUGCUGAAAGAGACAGUGGAGAUGUUGUUCCAACGUGGCCUUAUCCGUCUCCUAUUUGCCACAGAAACAUUUGCCAUGGGCGUGAACAUGCCAGCACGGUGCGUUCUUUUCAGCACACUGGAGAAGUAUGAUGGUCGUCGCCGUCGCCCACUCAAUCCUGGAGAAUACACCCAAAUGGCAGGUCGUGCAGGGCGUCGGGGUCUGGACGCGUCAGGGACGGUAAUUAUUAUGGUGGAAGGAGUCGGAGCAUCCGUAGCCUCACCAAAAUUGGGCGUUCCAGCUGAAGCAACUCUGACCAGCAUGAUAUUGGGCACGCCUACGCAGUUGGCGUCUCAAUUUAAAAUCACUUACUCAAUGAUAUUGCAUCUGCAUCGGACCAAUUGGCUGUCACCGCAGGAUAUCAUGCGUCGGAGUUUCAUGGAAGCUCCGGCUCUUCGACGUGAAAUCGAGCGUCGACAGUGGCUAUCUCGUCUUCGAGCCCGCCUUACCAGUACAACUACGCUCAUCCCUUGUGCCGGUUCCUCUCAUGCUACCACAAGCUCGUGGAUGAGCAAAGCCGCUCCGUUCGCUGUCACGUCAGUUGCAACCGGAGAACCCGUAUUGCAAGUCAAAUGCCCCUUGGGACAAAUUCAGUGCGCUGAAAGCAUGGCGACCUAUUACCAGAAGGGGAAUCUACGUAACAGAGAAACAUUGCCCAAUUGGCUCGUUCCUGCUGUAGUCGUGGAUAUCAACAAGGCAUUGGUUCAAGGCCAGACGGAAACGCAGUGGAACUUGAUAACCUGGCAACCGCCAGAUCGAGUGGUUGACGCUUCGGCUCCACGUCCAUAUCAACUGGUAUCUGAUACUUUUUCAGCCAAAGGGGUUGGUAACGCCGCGUUUGAUGUUGAGGAAGUGGAGGAACUUGAGGAGGAAGAGGUUUUAUGUGACGGUGAGGAUUGCUGGAUGUCACCGACUCCCUUCCCACCUCAACUGAUGCCUGUAUUUAUCCCAUUUUGGAACUUGAUAACCUGGCAACCGCCAGAUCGAGUGGUUGACGCUUCGGCUCCACGUCCAUAUCAACUGGUAUCUGAUACUUUUUCAGCCAAAGGGGUUGGUAACGCCGCGUUUGAUGUUGAGGAAGUGGAGGAACUUGAGGAGGAAGAGGUUUUAUGUGACGGUGAGGAUUGCUGGAUGUCACCGACUCCCUUCCCACCUCAACUGAUGCCUGUAUUUAUCCCAUUUUCGUUUGACGACUCCUUAGGUCGCUUGACUCUUCUGACGAAUCAAAGCCUACGCAAUCUGGUACGCGUUUGUGACCAAGUUUUGCAUUCCAAAACCUCACGCCCCAGUACCAACUCAAGUGGUACCUUGUCUGACCAGCUGACGCGAGCCAUCCGUCGGCAUCGGCAGGAAAUGGCAGCUGCUGAAGCCGGACUCCGUUUGCUUGUUGGUGCCAAUACUUCGGCUGCAGAUUCAGCACUUUCACAGCUUAUUCUGGAAGUGAAUCAGGAAUUGCUCGAUUUGGUCCAGCCUCUAACCAGUCCACAUACAACACCGUCCGUUGUUUUCGGGCUUUUACCAGAUUGCCCUCCUGCACUGCCUCUGGGAAGAGCGAUCAAGAUAAAGUUGAAUCCUGAUGAAACGACAUCCGUAUUUGAUGAACUGUGGAUGCUGGGUGAGGAAUUGACGACUCCACUCCUUGGAACAUCGGUCACUCAACGUUUGGCCCCGGUAACCUGUCCAGAUUUGGUUUCACACUUUGCUUUAUUUCACCGGACCUGUCGUCGUCGUUGGGCAGUGAGGCGUUUGGAAGCUAGUUUGUCGGACGACAAACUGCACCUGAAUGCCGAAUAUAUCGGUCGUUUGCGAGUACUUGAAGAAUUAGGAUUCAUCGAUUCGGCUACCGAACGGGGUUGCUUGAGCCUAAAGGGUUUGGUCGCUUGUGAAUUACAGCAGAUGGAAGUCCUGCUAACCCAACUCCUUUUGGAUGGCUCGUUUACUCAGUUGCCACCAGCAGAUAUUGCGGCCCUUUUAUCUUGCUUUGUUUUCGAGAUUCGCGCUACGGAUACGGCUCGGGAAGAACAUACAACACAACAAAGCGCAUCGUCAAAACCACAAAGUCAUCUGGUUGUGCUCGAUACUGCUUCAUCAGAUACAGUCCCAACCCCGUCAGCCGAUGGGGAAGCAGCUGCUUUCGAAUCAGCAGUGGUGGCUCGAAAAAUAGCCUCUGUUCCGGAACAUCUGAAGGAAGCUGUUGCGAAAAUGUUCAGUUUUGCAUCAAAUUUGGAGCAGCUCCAAAGAAAACACGGCCUCAGUGAUCCGACCGCAGACACCCGACUUAACUGCACGCUAGUUCAAGUAACACACGCAUGGGCUACUGGACACCCAUUUUCCACACUGGUCACUCUCACCGAAAUGCAAGAAGGCAACUUGGUUCGUGGACUUUUGCGUCUGGAUGAACUGCUCCGCCACAUUUGCAAUGCCUGUCAUCGACUCGGUGACCAGGCACUUGGCCUACGAAUGAAUGAGGCUCGCAAUGCGAUUCACAGGGAUCUCGUCUGUGCGCCCAGUUUGUAUAUCUCUGAGGAGUUUGUCUAUUCAACGGCUGACAAAUCGGAACCCACUUGACAGUCUACUAUGAUGUACAUUUUUUAUUUAGUUUUUUUGUACAAAAAUUCUGUUAAUUUUUCAAACUAUUUUGCAUUUAUUGUAGCCUGGGGUUUCCUGAGCCAUCCUGAUAGUUCAGAGCCUCA